AAUAUUUAGUGCUGAAUCGGCAUCAGAGGCAAAUGAAUGGCACAAACAGCCCUAUAAAAGUAUGAUGUCACUUUUCAGAAUAGCUUCAUUCCUGGUGUGAUCCUGCCCUUGUCAACAUGAAAGGCAUUAUUAGGUAUUCAUUAGACUUGUAAAACUCAUUCGAAAAUCAUUUUCAUGUCAGUUGUUGAUUUAUUUCAUCUUUUUCAGAUUGAACAGGAUUAUGAUUGUUUAUUCGAAAAUGGUAGCCAACUCACCAAACUCUGGGAUGGCUUUUUUGGCAAACGGAUCAUUACAUAUGCCUCAGCUGGUAAGCGUGGCAAUUGGCGUGAGAAGUUAGGUGUCAAAGACGUCCUGAAUGAAGAUGAAGAAAGUGUGGUGGCCCUCCAACUGUUGCCACACAUACUACCACCAAAGCCAAUAAAGUCAUCAAAUGUGGUACAUAGACCAUCAAACUUGGAAGCAGCCAAUGCUUUCAUCAGGUUCAAACAGGCAACAACAAACAUAGCAGCCUUCCUCGACACUGUAGAGGGAGAGGUCCAACCAUUCAUUCUAGCUCUUGGGGAUCGCCAUAAACCAACUCAAUCAUUUGUUAUUGUUGAGCGCAAUGCAGUGGAGCAGACAUCUCUGUUGAAAGCAGUUGACUGCUGCUUCAAGCUUUUCUUUGUUCUGGACAUCGCUUAUCCAGCAAGCUGUCACAUUGUUUGGGAGUUUCUGCAGGAUUUGGUUUACCAAGUGCCUGUCAGAAAGGGGCAAACAGCCAUCAGUAAGAAUGUGACGAGUUUAAGGAAUUAUUUCAAUGUUGCCAAGUAAAUAUGAUGUUGCAUCAAAUAAGCAACUGGUUUUUGAUCUGACCUACUUUUCAAGGUCACAGAGGUAAAUACACAAAACCACUCGAGUGGGAUUUCCGAGGUAUCGGACUACACCCCGAGUGAUGGUCUUUGGCUGGAAACCCCCGAGACUGCAGGAUGUGACGAGUUUAAGGAAUUAUUUCAAUGUUGACAAGUAAAUGUGAUGUUGCAUCAAAUAAGCAACUGGUUUUUGAUUUGACCUACUUUUCAAGGUCACAGAGG